AUGACGGACAGAACUGAACUCUGGGACAUGAAGUGGCGGUUGAUGGAGGUCACAGGUAUAAACCACUCCCCGUCCAUGGCCCCGCCCCCUUCAUGUAUCCCUGACAUGUGCAAGGAAAUCACUGCAGGGUGCACGAAGAUAACUCGACAGGCUGGUCUCAGAUCAGAUCAGCGUCUUCCUUAUUUAACUCUUUGUGUUCCAAAGACCGACCUGUGUGCGCUCAGUGAUGACGUCAUCAGUCUCACCUGUGUUAUUUAUAGAGUCUGUUCAGUAUUCUGUCAGAUAUAUUUAUAUGCAGUGUUAUGUUCUUAA